CUGACUCCUGUCUUUGCCGGAGCCUGUCCCCGGAAGGUACUUACUGUGGGCCAGGCUCCGUGCAGGGCCCCGGCUGAAGGCUGGUGGGCCUCUGCAAGCUACGCCAGGCUUCCCCUACCCUGAGGCGUGCGCAGGCUGGUAGACACCCACUCACUGGACAGACGGGGGAGGACGGCCGCAGAGGACACGGGACGGGUAAGCCCUGGCCUCCGCCCCGGCGGUCGGGCCCCGCACUCCAGCUUGCCCGCUCCGUCAGCUCGCUCCCAGAGGAACGGGUCAGUCACCAGUGCGCCCAGCCUUGUGUGCAGCUGUGUGGGGCAGGUGGAGGAGCGGGAGGGGGUGCUGGGCUCCCAGGCCAGCAGGAAACUCGGGUCUGAAAGGCUUGGAUCCCUCUCCCCUGCAGCUGCCCCCUCUUCCUGCCGGCACGGCCAGGGCACUCUGCACAGAGCUUGGCCUCUGGAGGAAUAGGCUUUGGACAACUGGUGGACGGGUCUCCCGGGCUGUAGACACAAUCCUAAUGGCUGUUCUUUGGGGUUAGAAAGAACUGCCUGGGCUUUUCCUCUGGAAGGAAAAGAACUGCUCCAGAUCCUCCUUGUGAGAUUCCAGAGGAAAGAGACUUUCCAUCUCUGCACAGCAGCAGGGCAGGAGCUUCCUGCGUCUGAAUCUCAGAAGCAUUUGCUCACAGGGAGCACAGCCCCCCACAGUUCAUAGGCUGCAAGCAGACGGAACCCCACCAGGCACUGACAUUCGGUGAUCCCCAAGGCCACCCCACAGGUGCCCGCCGAGGGAGGGAGCGAACAAGCGAGCGAGCGGGCCAGGAGGCCAGGCUGCCGUGGGCUGGCCGCGGGGCUUGGAGCCGGUGCACGUCUCUCAGGACGAAGCUGGAGGGGAAGGAGAAGGCCGACGCGGCGGCCAAGGCGCUGCAGAUGUCGCUGGCUUACCAGUUCGUGACCCCGCUGACCUCCAUGACCAUCAGGGGCGUGGCGGACGAGGACGGCCUGGAGCCCGUCGUGGACAAGCCCCCCGAGGAUGCCCUGCCCUUGGCGUUCAAGCUGCCGGCUUCACAGCCUUCCCCGACUGGACCCAGUGCCGACAUCCAGCAGUUGCCAAACCAAGUGACCGGAGUGGACACGGACCCCCACUUCCUCAUCCACGUGCCCCAGAAGGAGGAUACCCUGUGCUUCAAUAUCAAUGAGGAGCCCGGUGUGAUCCUCAGCCUGGUGCAGGACCCGGACACAGGCUUCUCUGUGAAUGGGCAGCUCAUCGGCAACAGAGCUGGGAGCCCUGGGCAGCACCAGGGCACGUACUUUGGGCGGCUGGGGAUUGUGAACCCCACGACAGGCUUUCAGCUGGAGGUGACCCCUCACAACAUUACGCUGAACCCUGGCUCGGGUGGACCCGUGUUCUCCUGGAAGGACCAGGCUUCACUGCGGCAGCAUGAGGUGGUAGUGACCAUCAACAGGAAGAGGAACCUGGUGGUGGCUGUGGAAGAUGGGGGCACGUUUGAGGUUGUCCUGCACCGGGUGUGGAAGGGCAGUGCCGUCCACCAGGACUUCUUGGGCUUCUACGUGCUGGAUAGUCACCGGAUGUCGGCUCGGACACACGGGCUGCUAGGACAGUUCUUCCACCCCAUUGAUUAUACAGUCUCUGACCCCCACCCGGGCUCCGACCCCACAAAGACAGAUGCCACGAUGCUGGUAAAGAGCCACCAACUGACGGUCACCAGGGGCUUGCAGAAAGACUACAGCAAGAACCCCCGGCACGGGGCUGAGGUGACAUGCUGGUUCGUCCACAACAAUGGGGCGGGGCUGAUCGACGGCGUUUACACUGACUACAUCGUCCCUGACAUCUUCUGAGCCCCCUCGCCGGCACAGCUGUCCUUUCUCGGGACCGUGGCAGAGGACAGCAUCCUGACCGGCUCCCGGUGCCACACCUCUCUGGUCAAGCUGAUCCAUGUGUCAAAGGCCCCAUGACUUCCAUUAAAGGGAGGCUGAGUCUA